CGAUGGCGAACCACGUCCCGUAGGCGCAGACCCCAAAACUACACCGAUCGGAACAACGGUCGACACCCCGCCUCUGGGUCAUUCGAAUUCGUCAUUCUGUUGAUCAAAAGCUCAAAGAUGUCGCUACCAGAUGCACAGGUAGAAGUAUCCACGGCGUCGAGUGCGGACACUGCGUUGUUUGGAUCACUCAAUGCGACAAUCGCCGAUCACUUGAGUAGUCAGGUCGACGAGACUCUCGCCAUUGGUGUGGCUACCUUACCUCUCUUGCAGAGUCAACCGUCGCGAGCCGAAACUCUCCACGCAAUGCUACGAAGAUGCUACUGGAAGAACGUUGACGUCUUCGAAGUCUACUGCGAUCGUAACGUGUUUACCACGAACAUGUUUCCUAUCGAACGCCGCACCGCGAUUGCUGAGCUCUACACGCAAGCCCAGCGGGAGAACACCAGUGCUGAUACGAUUCUGCAGGAAGCCUUCGCCCAGACUGUAGAAGAAGCGACAACUUCGCCAACCGAUGCGCCCCGAAAGGUCGAGUCCGCCGUGCCAGUUCCUUCCGAACAAGAUGUACAGGAUCUCCACAAAGAACUAGCGUCUCUACGCCUCCGGCUCCGCGACGCCCACCGUCGCAAGCUCCAAGUGACGCAGUCGAUCAAAGAGCUCGACGUCGCCAAUCACUUGGCGAAUCUUGCCAACGAAACAUUACAGGUCUGCCCCAACCCCGACGGCUCCCCUGCACUCGGUCUGGAUCAGGUACACCAGACGGUUACGGCCACGCUCGUGGGCACGGAAAGGUUGACCACUUUACAAGGAAAAGGCCUUGAUGUCAUCCAAGAGAUGGAACGCAAAACACGGGAACGUGGACCGGAAGAGGAGCCCGAGGACACGGUGGACCUCAUGCUCGCGUCCGGUACCAUCAAUCGUCACCAUAAGAAGCCCAAGACACUGACCGAACGGUACGCACAGGAACAGGCGGAAAUGGGGACGCAUCGGACCGCGGUACGGGCCAUUUUGGGAGAUAGCAAUAAUCAUUGAUGAGAUUGAUAGUCAUGACGAGGGAAUAGUAGUAAAAGGUGUUUUACAU